AUGCUCAUACUCUACGCUCUACGCUCUUUCAAAACCUCAAAAAGUCCAGAUGUGUUUGGCAUGUCUGUGAGCAUGUUUCGAGAGGUUGUUGAUGCCAUUGCAGUUCCUCUCUCUGCAUCUGUCAAUGAGUGCUUGAGGUCUGGAAAUUUUCCUGAUUUCUUGAAAACAUCAAGAACUGUCCCAGUCUUCAAGAAGGGUGAUCGUGAGAACCUUCGUAGCUGCAGGCCAAUCUCCAAAACUCCUGUCUUUGGCAAGGUGAUUGAGGCAGCGAUAAAGCCUCAGCUGGAGGCUUUUUUCGAGGAGAAUGGCCUGUUCUCCAACAUGCAGUUUGGUUUCCGAGUUCCGGGAAAUCAACAGUGGGUGCAGUCGACCAUUUAG